AUGGCCAGCAGCAACGUCACCAACAAGACGGACCAGCGCUCGCUCAACUCGCGGGUGUUCAUCGGGAACCUGAACACGCUGCUGGUGACCAAGGCCGACGUGGAGGCCAUCUUCUCCAAGUACGGCAAGAUCGUGGGCUGCUCCGUUCACAAGGGCUACGCCUUCGUGCAGUUCGUCAACGAGAGGACGGCCAGGACUGCGGUGGCGGGGGAGGACGGCCGCAUGAUCGUCGGACAAGUGCUAGAUAUAAAUUUGGCCGGAGAACCCAAACCACAGCGAUCAAAACCCUCCAAGCGCUCAGCGGGCGACAUGUACAGCAGCAGUUCAUCCUUCGACCUCGACUACGACUUCCAAAGAGACUAUUAUGACAGGAUGUACUCGUACCCGUCCCGUGUCCCGGCCGCCCCCGCUGCUCUGUCCCGGGCCGUGGUCCCGUCCAAACGUCCUCGCGUCAGCAUGAGCGGAGGCAGUGGACGCAGGACCAAGACCAGCUUCUCCUCCAAGAGCAGCCAGAGGCCCUCGUCCAGAACCAUGAAAGUGGACGAGCUGCAGACCAUCAAGCGAGAGCUGACUCAGAUCAAGAGCAAAGUGGACGACCUCCUGGACUCUCUGGAGAGGAUGGAGAAGGACCACAGCAAGAAGUCAGACGGGAAGAGUCUGAAGACGGAGCCGGGGGAGGUGACAUCACCUCCUCACUCCAGUAAAAACAUGGAUCUGAAGAGAGAGAUGAACGACUCUGAGGAGGAGGAAGAGGAGGAGGAGGGAGACCUGCUGGAGGAGGUGAGGAGGGGGAGGAGGGAGACCUGCUGGAGGAGGAGGUGA